AUGGCGACGACAUCACCGGAAGGCGCCACGUCCGCGCCCGUGGCCGACUCCGCGGUGGCCUCAUUGACUCAUCUUUGUCUAGAAGCUGUCGCCCGCCACAUCUUCCAGUUCUACAACUCCCGACUCUUGGACCUCUGCUUGGGCGACAGCACUUGUCAGUCCCUUCUGCAUGCGUUCGACGUGUCUAUUGUGGAGCGUUUGCACGACGACGGCAAACUAACAGCCGUGAUCCUGUCCCACUUGCCAACCAAGCCAUCGAAAUCGAGCCUAGGCCUCGAACGUCGGUUCGGCGAGCUGCUCUUUCUUGAGAAGCAUGCACUCGAUGCCCGAGACAUCGAUCGCUUUGGACUGGCGUUCGCGCAAGCUAUACACGGCAGUUCUGUGUCCCCAUCUACAGACACUCCCGAAGGCGCAGAACCUGUGGAUCAAACGUUCUCGACAAGCCCAAAGCAGUUUGAAUUUCCUCCGCCGCCAGAGCAUGUCCACGAUUCCACCACCAAAGGCCGGUCCCUCAAAGACCUUCUCCAACGCUUCGACACGAUCGAACGACUUAGCUUGGUCUCGUGCUGCCUUGGCACAGCAGGGGUCAUCGUGUUGGCUUCGGCAAUUAACCAUGUCAAGGCGUUGCGGGUGUUGGAUCUCAGCAAUGACAUGUGGGCGGCCCACAAGUCGGCGUAUUCGAAUCGGAUUGGAGACGCAGGAGCUAUGGCGCUAGCGUCAGCGCUUCGAACCAACGCGUCGGUGAUCAAGGUGGUGCUCAGUGGCAACCCCAUUGGCCCACGCGGAGGCCACGCCUUGGCUGCGACUGUGCGAUGCAGUAACACUCUCCAAGUGUUGCAUUUGAAACAGACAAACGUGAAGCGGGCGGCCACGGCGCUGAUCCGCGCGUUCGAAGAUUCAACGAGUUUGCGAGACUUGGACUUGGAGUGGUGCCAUUUGCCUCCUGGCAUGGGCACCCACUUGAGCCAAGUGCGGCGCCAUCGUCAAGAUGACAAUCUGUCUUAA